AUGCCACCACAUCUCCACCCGAGGUCCCGAAUGACCUCGUCCUUGUUCGCGACCACCAUGCUUGCCAGCUUCUUUGUGGUAGCUCUCCCACACGUACUCCCGUGUCCUGCUCCGAGGAUCACAUACGCCGAUGGGGAAAUAGUGGAAGACGAAAACGGCAGGAGGAGGCGGAGGCGGAGGGUACAGCAGCAAAGCCAAGUCGUACAGGGAGGAGUUGUGCAAUUCAACAACAUAACGCAGGAAGAUCUGGUCGACCAUGAAGGAAACAGGAGCAAACGCGAAUGCCCUGUACCGAAGCCGGGCGGAAAGGUCGGGGAGCUUCUGGGCUUCAAGCAGUCGAGCAAGUCUCCAACCACCGACAACAGCACUCAGAGCCGUUCAUUAUAG